GUCAAACGCCAUCUUGUUUGUAUUCGUCCUGUUCUCAACCGCGGAACAAAUGUGCGCGGAACACGUGUUUCCCGGGGACAAUAGUGAAUGGUGCACACUUGCUCCGCCAAGCCACAGAAAAAAAAGUCACAUUUAAGAGUUGCUGGUGUCACAAUUGGAAUCAUUUGAGUCUACUUUAGUGCAAGCAACUAAUGAGACGUCCAACAGAUGAACGGUCGUCAAGAAGAAGGUGCCCCUCAGCAGCAGGGGGUGAGUUCCUCUUCGAGGCAGGAGGAUCCACAGCUCCCCCACAUUAAAAGAGAAGAGGAGGAUCUCCAGGUUACUCGGGCAGGAGAGUGUCCUGUAGGGCAGGAGGAGGCUGAUCUCCCCAAGUUUCCACUGACUGUUGUCUCUGUGAAGACUGAAGACCAUGAAGACAAACCACCUGAGUCCUCACAGCUUCAUCACAGUCCAAACGUCAGGGAAGAACAUCCUUUCCCUGAUCAACAGGAGUGUUGCGCCAGGGUGGUGAAGGAGGAGCCACAGCCCUUCCACAUUAAAGAGGAAGGCGAGGCGCCACAGACCCCUCACUUCAAAAAGGAAGAGGAGGACCCACUGACCCUCCGUGUUAAAGAUGAAGAGGAGGCGCCACAGCCCCAUCAAGUCAAAGAGGAAGAGGAGGAGCACAGCAUCAGUCAGGAGGGAGAGCAUCUUGAAGGACUGGAGGAGUUCCCAGUGAUUGGUGUCCCUGUGAAGAGUGAAGAUGAUGAGGUCAAAGGUGAAAGUGAGGAGAAGAGAGAGGCGGAGCCUCCAAGCAGCAGCUCAACUCAACACAGGACAACAGAAGCUGAUGGAGACCACUGUGGAGGAUCACAAGCAGACAAGCUCUUAGCUCCACUAUCAGAUAGUGAGGACACAACGUCACACUCUCCUGACACUGAUGAUGAACACUCUAAAGAUGACAAGACAUGUCACACUGACAACACACACCUGACGUGUUCUCACUGCGACAAAACUUUUAGUUUCGGUUGGCAUCUGAAAGUACACAUGAGAACACACGCUGGAGAAACCCCUCUUACCUGCUCCACCUGUGGGAAAGAGUUUGGACGAAGACAACAUUUGAAAAUACACAUGAGAAUACACACUGGUGAAAAACCCUUUUCCUGUUCAAGCUGCAACAAAGGCUUCGGUGACCGAUCAUCACUUGGCGUACACAUGAGGAUACACACCGGGGAAAAACCUUUUUCCUGCUCAGUCUGCGGUAAAGCUUUUGCACAAAAGGGUGAUAUGAAAAAACACGUGAGAACGCACACUGGUGAAAAACCAUAUUCCUGUUCGAGCUGCAACAAAAGCUUUGGCGACCAAUCAUCACUUGUUAAACACUCGAGAGGACACACUGGGGAAAAACCUUUUUUCUGUUCAUUUUGCAAGAAAAGAUUUGCACAAAGUCAACAUUUGAAAAAACACAUUAGAACACACAGGUGAGAAAGUGUUGAGUUGCAAUGUUUGAGAUGAAAGAUUUUCUUCUAAGUACCAGUGUAAGAAACACAAGUGUGCUGGUGAGAACAGCAGCAGCAAAUGAAGAUGCAGGAUUUGAAAUAAACUGUCAAAACUUGUGUGUGACAUCAUUGUCGUGUGUGUAACACAACCUUGCUAACAUGUUUUUUACCAUUUAUAGAUUAGAUUUUUUUUUUAGAUUUGUCCUUUUAUUUCAGUCAAGUACACACAUUAAUACAGGGGUAGGGAACCUAUGGCUCGCGAGCCAGAUGUGGCUCUUUUGAUGACUGCAUCUGGCUCUCAGAUAAAUCUUAGCUGAAAUUGCUUAACAGGAUAAGUAAUUUAAUAAUCCCGCUGUAAAUCACAGUGUUAAAAAUAACGUUCAAAAUAUAAAACAUUCUCAUGCAUUUUAAUCCGUCCAUCCGUUUUCUACCGCACCUGUUCAAGGUUGCGGGUGGCUCAGCCAAUCCCAGCUGUCCUUCGGGGUACAAGAGGGUCGCAUUAAUGGUAAGAAGUAUUUGAUUUAUUAUUGGUUAGCUUCAGAAUACCAAUAAUAUUAAAAAUAAUAAGAGACUUAUUUUACUCUAAAAAUGUUGGUCUUACUUAAAAAUGCACGCAUUUAGUUGUAUUCAGUGUUAAAAAAUUGUUAUAUGGCUCUCACGGAAAUACAUUCUACAAUAUUUGGCUUUCAUGGCUCUCUCAGCCAAAAAGGUUCCCGACCCCUGCAUUAAUAUAUAAAAUUGUGUUCAUUUUUUUAAAUGUUCUGUGAUUGAAACUUUGUACACUGACUUGAGCAUCAAUGUACUUUGACUGCCCUUCUGUUCACGUUUUUAUUCGUUUUAAAAAUCUAAACAGAUCCAAACAUGUAUUUUACAUCAAAGAAGCAUUGAAUACAAUAUGUAUGCAGAAUAAAAAAUACAAUUUAAGUGUUGUACUUGUAUUCAUGAUAGUGUUAUAGCAGGUUUUUAAAUGGAGUGUAUUACAUAUUUCUUGGUUCCAUUUGUAAAUGAUUCCAUAGAUGAACUCCUUUAUAUGAUAUACAUAUUUGUUUUUCAUGUGUUCAUACCUUUGCUUUUGAGUACACAUAAGUUAAAGUUAAAGUACCAAUGAUUGUCAGACACACACGAGGUGUGGCGAAACUAUUCUCUGCAUUUGACCCAUGACCCUUGAUCCCCCCUGGGAGGUGAAGAGAGCAGUGAGCAGCAGCGGUGGCCACGCCCGGGAAUAAUUUUUGGUGAUUUAACCCCCAAUUCCAACCCUUGAUGCUGAGUGUCAAGCAGGGAGGUAAUGGGUCCCAUUUUUUAUAGUCUUUGGUAUGACUCGGCCAGGGUUUGAACUCAAUCCCUCUUAGUUCAUAUUUACUGGUUCACAUCUGGACUACUUCUGGAAGCAUAUUAUUAUUUACUUUAUACAUCAUUUGAGUGGUUGUGUUUCAUACAAGAUCGUUUACUUUUAAAAUAUGUGACUUUAUGAGUCAU